AUGGGUCGACUAGAAGGAAAAGUCGCAAUCGUCACAGGCGCAGGCUCAGGCUUCGGAGCCGGCAUAGCCAAAGCCUUCGCCAACGAAGGCGCCAAAGUCCUCGUCUGCGACAUCAACACAACCGGCGGCUCAGCAACCGCAGCCACCAACCCCUCAUCCCUCUCCUUCCACCAAAUGGACGUGACCAAGUCCGCAGACUGGACCGCCACCAUGGACGCCGUGAUGCAGAAGUUUGGCCGCUGCGACAUCCUCGUCAAUAAUGCGGGCUGGUCCUAUGUCAACAAGCCGACGGUCACGGUCACCGAGGACGAGUUUGACCGCGUGUUUAAUAUUAAUGUCAAGGGUGUGUAUUUGGGGUGUAAUGCGUGGGUUGAGCAGGCGAUAGAGCGCAAGGAAGGCGGAGUUGUAAUUAAUAUUGCGAGUGUGGGGGCUACGAGACCGAGACCGGGUUUGGUAUGGUAUAACGCGAGUAAAGGGGCCGUUUGGAAUGCGACAAAGGGUCUGGCGGCUGAGUAUGGUCCGCAUCAGAUUCGUGUGGUGAGUAUAUGUCCGCUUGUCACCGCAACUGGGUUAUUCUCGGCUUUCACAGGAAUGGAGGAUACGCCUGAGAAUAGGACGAAGUUUACGUCCAAUGUGCCCAUGGGGAGGAUUGGUGAAGUGGAUGAUGUGGUGAACGCUUGUAUUUUCAUGGCGUCGUCCGAUGCCAAGUUCAUCACAGGGGUCAAUCUGGAGGUAGAUGGUGGGCGUUGCAUUUAG